AUGUCAUAGUUUUAUCCUGUCAGAUAAUCUUAAACAUAAAUAUCUAAAGUAAGAAAUAUUUUAAAUUAAGAAUUUAUUCCAAUUUGUAGAUGAUAUAAUUAUUGAGCAUUAAAUUAAUUUAUUAUCCAAAAAAUCAAUUGAUCAAAUUAUAGUACUUUAUAGAAAUCAAAAAAAUUGUUGAAUAUUUUAAUAAUGGAAAGAGAACAACAAUUAAUUGAUUAAUAUAUUAGAUAGUGAGAAUCUUGGAGAUUCUUUCAGAGAAUUUUAUAGUCAUAAAAUUAUUAAAUAAGAUUUUUUAUUAUUGUUUGAUGAUGUUAUAAUUAAUAUCUCAUUGAAAUAAGUGAUUCUUAAAUAUCAAGAUCAAAAGAAAAUAAGAUAAAAUGAACAUUUUAUUAAUUUUUGUUCAUUAAGGAAUCUAAAAAUAUGA